AUGAGUGACGACGCGUUUACGCUCACGUUCUCGAGCCUCAGCUUUCGCCCGCAGUACCAGCGCAACAACAAGAAGGGCGGCCUCAAGAACCUCCGCUGCUUCCCCAACUGCUGCUCGGGCAUCCACGCGGCGACCGGCUUCUGCGGCGGGUCGGUGCUCGUCGGCGCGUCGGCUGCCCACGUGAGCCACCGGGGUACGAUCGCGGUCUUUGCCGAGUUUUGCCCGUUUGUCAACGGCAAGCCGCAGGGCAACGCGAGGCUCCACGACGUCUUUACCGCCGAGAAGAUUGCCGCCUUGUCGAACAAGGAUAGCGACGUGCACGCGCCGUGGUAUACCGGCGACGUCCUCCAAGGCUCGCACGAUGUCGGGUACAUCUACAGCAUCAACACGUUCAAGCGCGGGUGGCACUACGGCUGGACGAGCAACCGGCACACGGCCAACACACAGCACGUGCUCUGCGUCUACGCCUUCGAGCUCAACCCAGCGACUGGUCGCUGGCACUGCAUUUGCGUCGCGCCGAGCCCGACCUUUAUGCUCUACUGCCGCCGCCGCGCCAAGAUGCGCAAAGAUCUUACGGCGCCCAACGGCAUCGACAUCCUCGACGAGAACGACAUGGAGAUGGAGGACGACGACGACGAGAACGACUCGGGCAGCAGCACGCCGAGCCUCAAGAAGCGUACUCGCGACGCCGACUUGGAGCCGGUUCCGCUUCUGCCGUACCCCACCAUGCUGCCGAACGCGAUGAGCGACGGACCAGAGUUUCUGCUGCCGCCCGACUCGGUCGUCGAGAUUCCAGAGCUCGCGGCGUUCUUGAAGCAUAAGCUCGCGCGGUUCCAGUAGCCCAUGGCGACUCAUUUCUUAUUUACUAACUGUUGCAGCUCCCUUG